UAUCUCUUAGAGUCAGGGAUAAUGGGGGAAUCUGGUGUCUUUUGCAAUAAUCAAUUAUUUUGAAAAUGGGACCAGAUACUAAAAUUGUCUUAGACUUAGUGUACAUUGUAUCUUGAAUAUCUACACGUUAGCUCUCCUUUUUAUUGGUAUCGUAAGCUCUAGAACACAAAAAGUAAAAAAGGAUUGAUACAAAUGAAUUGUUAUAUGCGAUGAACAUGGAAGAGAGCAAGGCCCUACAACACCACUGUCAUUACCAGACAGAUGAUGAAGAGCCAAAGCAGAGAAUUUGAUUUAGAAAGUAUUCAUUCAUUGUCUUUGAGAAGUCAAAAUAUUAGUGGUCUCGGCUGUCUGGGAGAGUGUGUUGGAUUGGAAAGACUGGACCUGUCCUUCAACGAUGUAACAAAGCUGUUUUCAUUAGCAGGACUUACCAACCUAGUAUAUCUCAACCUAGCAGCAAAUAGGAUAUCUUCGCUAGAUGGUUUACAGUCGCUGGACAACUUGCAGAAACUUAACUUGGCAGGAAAUUUGAUAGGGAGUUUAGAUACUCUUCGCUGCCUGAGCUGCCUAGAGAAGUUGAGAGAUCUGAGGCUCCAGGAUACAACCAGUGGUCUAAGCAACCCUAUAUGUAUGAAUGUCACCUAUAAAUCUGAUGUUACAACCAUGCUGCCUAUACUUGUGAUUCUAGACGGUGAAAGGUUGAAGGGCAGAGGAAGUGAUCUAUUCAAACUCUACGAGCAAUUAGAUGAAGAACUUAAAGAAUCUAACGAGACUCCUAGAGGAGCGGAAGACUUGGGUGGGGCUGGUUCCUGGGUUCCAUCAGAUUUUUGGGACAAAAGGAACACAUCACCACAAAAGGCAGUCUUACUGGAUGCAGAGCAGCAGCUCAGAGAGUUGCUGAAAAAUUGUGAAGAUUUGUCCAAAUCAGCUGCUGGCAAAAUACAAGAAUGGGAAGAAAAUAGGUGAUGAAGAUGAAAGUGGAACCAGAAGUACUUGGAUGAAAGUAUUUCUUCCAAAGUUAAAUUUAUCAUUUAGCAAAACUUCAACUACAAAGAUUUGAGUGAUAUUUCUAUAUUUUCAUACAUAUAUUUUUGUUCACCAGGAAUAUAUGUAUGAAAAUUGAAAGCCAUCUAUGCCCCUCGUGGUAAAUAUGAGCCUACUGCAGGUUCAGUGAUCAGUAACCUAAGCUGAAAUCUCCUGCUUGUGGCCCUAAUGCAGCAGUUAUUGCAAGGGGAGUUUAUUUUGAUUUCCACAGCUUAGGUUUAAUGUAUGAUGAACAUUUUUCAGUUGAAGUUCUUGAAUGUUAUCCUGCAAGAAUCUGUAUAUUUUUUUCCAAUAAUGUACAUCAUGCCUUCUUAAAUAGCUCAAACUUUUAAAUGUUAAUGAUAAUAACAUCAUGGGUGAAAGUUUCCAGGUUAUGCCCGAUUUCAGGAUUUUAAUGCUUAAUUUUGAUAAUUUUCAUAGGGUCUAAAUGCAA